GUAGCCAUGUCCACCGCCGACACUGGCGCACAGCCUGCGAAAGAGAAGCAUGCGGCACCCGAGAAGCCUGAAAGACCGGAUGAGGAGCAGUACAAGACGGAGUUGGCAAAGGCGGAGAAGGAAUUACGGGCUGCUGAAGAUCGAAUGAAAUCGGUCAAGGCCAAGGUCGACAUGACUCGACCGAACAACAAAGACUCGCCCUCCGCCAAGCGGCAACAAGAGCUCCGUUCUGAACUACAGCAAAUCCGAACGCAGCAACAGUCCAGCAAGUCUUCUCGGACGCAGAUCAUGGACAAGGUCAAGCGAUUGGAUGAGAACUUGAAGGCGCGCAUCAACGAACAGAAGGCGGCUCGCAGCAAGACGCAGUUCAAGUCCGUCGACGAGGUGCAGAAGGAGAUCGAUCGAUUACAGAAGGAUGUUGAUGCCGGCACGAUGCGCAUCGUCGACGAGAAGAAGGCUCUGGCAGACAUCACGCAGCUGAACAGGCAGAAGAAGGGCUUCGCCGGCUUCGAGGACCAGCAGAAGGGCAUCGACGACGUGAAGGCACAGAUCGCGGAGCUGAAGAAGCAAAUGGAUGACCCCGAGUCGAAGGCGCUGAGUGACCGGUACACGGAGAUACAGGGUGAACUCGACCAGAUCAAAGCGGAGCAAGACGAAGCCUUCAAGAACCUGAAUGCGCUGCGCGACGAGCGGACCAAGGCGCACGAGGACCAGCAGAAGAAGUAUGCCGCCGUGAAGGAGAUCAAGGACCGCUUCUACCACCAACGGCGAGCCGCGCAAGAUUACGAACGUGAAGCUCGUCGGAUACGGGACGAGAAGCGCAGACAGGAGAACGAUGCGUACCACCGUGGCAAGCGGCAAGCCGCUGCAAAGGAGCGUCUCGAAGAAGCCAGUGCACCUGCGUAUCAAGACGAGAUCCGCACCGCAAGCAACCUCAUCGCCUACUUCGACCCGUCGUCCGUCUCUAAGCAAUCCGUCGCGGGCCCCGGAAAGUUUGCAGCAACCGCCUCCCGGACGAUUGACGACUCUGGCAUCAAGGGCACACGGCUACCGAAGAAGGGCGAGGAAGAAGAGAACUACUUCAUUGGUGGGGCGUCCAAGAAGAAUAAGCGCAGCCGCGGCGCAGCAAGUGGCACCUCUUCGCCUGCGCCCGAGAGCAAGUUCAACCUCGAUAUCGGCACGCUGGACAGUUUCGGCAGGUUGAGCGUGGACCCGCCUAUGUCGCAAAGUGAUGUCCCGGCUGCCGUGGAGAAGUUGAAAGAGAAGCUUGAGUUCUGGAAGGGCGACCAGGAUCGCAAGACCAAGGAGAAUAUCGCCAAAGCGCAAGCGGAGAUCGACAAGCUCGAAGCAGAAGCCAGCGCGGCCGAGAGCAAGGGCUCCGACCGCUCGACGGAGUCUGCGCGCAAGCCGGCGGCCGCGAAGCAGCAGGUCAAUGGUACCGCUAGCGCAAGCGCUGAAGCUCCGCAGGAGCAGGAGGGAGGCGCAGACGCUGAGAUCACCGAAGACCUGGCAAAAGCUAAGCUGGAC